AUGGCCGAUGUUCUAAUGGAUGAAAUUGAAGUUCCUCCAUUUUUUCUCUGCCCCAUAUCUCUAGAGAUCAUGAAGGACCCAGUCACUCUCUCCACAGGCAUUACAUACGAUCGUCAGACCAUCGAGAAAUGGAUAUUUUCCGAGAAAAACAAUACAUGUCCGGUCACAAAACAAGUCCUUUCCGAUCCCGAUUUGACUCCAAACAUCACUCUCCGGCGACUGAUCCAGUCAUGGUGCAUCCUCAACUCUUCCAAUGGCGUCGAAAGAUUCCCAACCCCAAAGCCUCCGAUCAGCAAAACCCAGAUCGCCAAGCUUCUCAAUGAUGCCAAAUCUCCACAAUUGCAAAUGAAAUGUCUCGUAAGACUCAAAUCUAUAGCUUCUGAAAGUGACACGAACAAACGGUGCAUGGAAUCCGCCGGCGCCGGAGAGUUCUUGGCUUCAAUCAUAAGUAAAACCCAAGAAGCUUCAAUACCAGAAAAAUCAGAAGAUGAGUUUGAGAUCACAAAAGCAAGUGAUGAAGCCCUAAGUAUUCUUCACCAUCUUCAAUUAUCAGAAGAUGGAUUCAAAUCUCUCUACGGCCAAAAUGGUCAGUUCAUUGAGUCCUUAAAACAGAUCAUGCAACGUGGGAACUACGAAUCACGAGCUUAUUCUGUGUUCUUAUUGAAAUCAAUCUUCGAAGUAGCUGAACCAAUGCAACUGAUCAGUUUGAAACCAGAUUUUUUUCUUGAAAUAGUCCAACUUUUGAACGACCAGAUCUCUCACAAGGCCUCAAAAGCUGCAUUGCAACUACUGAUUAAUGUUUGCCCAUGGGGAAGAAACAGAGUGAAAGCAGUGGAAGCAAGAGCUGUGCCUGUAUUGAUCGAUCUUUUACUCGAAAGUUUUGAGAAAAGGGACUGUGAAAUGAUGCUAAUGGUGUUGGAUCAGCUGUGCCAAUGUGCAGAAGGAAGAGCAGAGUUGUUGAAACAUGGAGCUGGGUUGGCUAUGGUGUCGAAGAAGAUACUUAGGGUUUCAAAGGUGGCGAGUGAGAGGGGUGUGAGGAUUCUACAUUCCAUUUCAAAGUUCUCAGCAACUCCUAGUGUUGUUCAAGAGAUGUUGCAACUGGGUGUGGUGGCAAAGCUGUGUCUGGUUGUUCAAGUUGAUUGUGGUACUAAGACCAAGGAGAGAGCUAGAGAGAUCCUUAAGUUGCAUGCUAAGGCGUGGAAAAACUCUCCAUGUGCACCCAUGAAUUCGCUCUCUGCAUAUCCCUCUUGA